AUGAACCUUUUCUCCAUAGAAACUACAGCUAGUCCAGCAAAAGAAAAUUGCAGAAUGAAUCGUUACAAGAAUAAGGCAUUAAAUCCUGAGGAGAUGCGUAGGAGGAGGGAGGAAGAAGGGAUUCAACUAAGGAAACAAAAGCGAGAGCAACAGCUAUUUAAAAGGAGAAAUGUGGAGCUUAUAAAUGAAGAAUUAGCCCUAUUUGAAAGCCCUCUCAUGGAUUCCUAUGUCAGUUCAACUGGAGCAGGGGAGAGUGUCAUCACAAGGGAAAUGGUACAGAUGCUUUUCUCUGAUGAUACUGAGCAGCAGCUAGCUACCACUCAAAAAUUUCGAAAAUUGCUUUCCAAAGGUAUAAUUGGGAAGUUUGGUGGUGUUAGUGAAGCGGAUGUUUUCUGGCUGCAGUCUGAUAUUGAUCAAUUGUUUGAAGCAGCAUGGGCUUUGACGAACAUAGCUUCAGGUACAUCUCUGCAGACCAAAGUUGUAAUAGAAGCUGGUGCUGUACCAAUUUUUAUUGAAUUGUUAAACUCUGAAUUUGAAGAUGUACAAGAACAGGCUGUGUGGGCUUUGGGAAACAUUGCAGGUGAUAGCGCAGUAUGCAGGGAUUUUGUCCUCCACUGUGCAAUUCUUCCACCAUUGUUACAGUUACUGACAAAAUCUAACAGACUCACAAUGACACGAAAUGCCGUAUGGGCACUGUCUAACUUAUGUAGAGGCAAAAAUCCACCUCCUGAUUUUGAGAAGGUAUCCCCCUGUUUACCUGUGUUGUCCAGACUACUAUUCAGCAGUGACCCUGACUUGCUUGCUGAUGCUUGUUGGGCAUUAUCUUACCUGUCAGAUGGCCCCAAUGAAAAAAUUCAGGCUGUUAUUGACUCUGGGGUUUGCAGGCGAUUAGUGGAACUCUUAAUGCAUAAUGAUUAUAAAGUUGCAUCACCAGCAUUAAGAGCUGUUGGUAACAUAGUAACAGGUGAUGAUGUCCAGACACAAGUCAUAUUAAAUUGUUCAGCCUUGCCAUGUCUUCUACAUUUAUUAAGUAGUCCUAAAGAAUCCAUAAGGAAGGAGGCCUGUUGGACUAUUUCAAACAUUACAGCUGGAAAUAGAGCACAGAUUCAGGCUGUAAUAGAUGCAAACAUCUUUCCAGUGCUGAUUGACCUUCUUCAGAAAGCAGAAUUUCGGACAAGAAAAGAGGCAGCGUGGGGUAUCACAAAUGCAACUUCUGGAGGAACACCAGAACAGAUUAAGUAUCUUGUAAACCUGGGUUGUAUUAAGCCAUUGUGUGAUCUACUGACUGUGAUGGACUCAAAAAUAGUUCAAGUUGCCCUAAAUGGGCUGGAAAACAUUUUAAGACUUGGAGAGCAGGAGGCUAAACAGAAUGGAACUGGAAUUAAUCCAUACUGUAGUCUUAUUGAAGAAGCUUAUGGUCUCGAUAAAAUUGAAUUUUUGCAGAGCCAUGAGAAUCAGGAAAUCUAUCAGAAGGCCUUUGAUCUCAUUGAGCAUUACUUUGGGGUGGAGGAGGAGGACAGUAGUAUUGCUCCACAAGUCGAUGAAACUGCCCAGCAAUUCCUCUUUCAGCAACAGGAAGCCCCAAUGGAGGGUUUCCAAUUAUAAAGUCUUCAAGAAUUAACAAAAAACUACAUGCCCAACCCCACUGCCCCUAUCCCAAACACGCCUCUAGUUUAAAAGAGUGACAGGAAACUUUGUUUUCAAACAUCUUUUUCCCCAAAAAGGAAAAAAAAAAUAAUUUGGUACAAGAAGUUUUGCUGUCUAUUUAAUUUUGCGUGGUAGAGUUGUGGACUAACUGUUGCACUUUCCUUUUGUUUGUUUGAUACUGCAUUGGAACUCAGUAGUUUUCAGUUUGUGAGCUGUGGUGCACUUAGGCAAUUCCCCCAGAAAUAAAGCUAGAAGAAAUUUCAGUAUACAUUAAAUUUAAUUCUGAUAGAUUGAAACACCCACGAAAUGCUUGCAAUUUGAUUUUUGGGAAGUUUGAGUUAGCAGUCAAUUGAUGCAACUAAAAUCCAUAAAAAGAUUGCUUGUGUAGAUAAUUGAGACAGCCCUCAGGGCAUGUCGCCAUUUGUGACUGCUAUUUUAUUCAGCCAUUUGAACAAUUAAAUGGUCAAGAAACAGUUUUCUUUUGGAUGGGUUUGAAUCUGGAUUUGUUGAGUUAUGGGGUGGAUGGAGUGAGAAUGCUUAAAAUAUUUCAGUGAAUAUAUAGAAAAAUGUAUCAGUUUUCAAAGAUUUAGUCCUAAAAGCUCCAGCAGGUCUUCUAAUGAGCAAGCUGAGACUUGUGCUAAUUCUGAAUUCAGUAAACUUGCAGCUCUAAUUAGUUGCUUGGUUGCAAUUAAUGCUGGUCAAGGGUAGAGCCAAUAUUCUAAUUUGAGUGUUGUAUUUUGAAAGCUAGACAGCAUUCAGAAUUGGCACAAUCCUUAUUUGAAGACCUUAAAUGUAUAUUUGCUACUGGUAGAACUGUUAAAUAUUGAAAAAAGUUAGUUUGAUUAUGGCUUAAUUUAAACAUUCAGAUUUGAUUUCUAUAUUUUCCUCUAGAAAGGAAGGGGAGAUUGUAGUUUUGGUAAUAGUUUGGGAAGUGUAGGAGGCAGCUUGAUGCGAGCUGUUACAUUAUUUGGGGAGAAUUUAUAAGCUAUAUGCUUUGUUGAUGGAAAUUCAAGUGUCUGGCCUUUCCAGGUGUUGCAUCACGGCAGCUAUUGAUCAUGUAUUUACAUAAAAAGAAACAGACUUAAUCUGUCUACAAAUUUGAGAAUAUUUAAUCUGUAAACUGGAAGCUGUACAAUGCAAAUCUGUAAAUGUCAGUCAUUACUUAUUUCACAUGUAACUUUGAAAUAAUAAAAUGUAUUUGUCCCUUGCCAAGCAGCUGGAGUAAAACUAUUGCAACUAUAGUUGCUGACCUGCCAUGUUUUAUAGCAUAAUUGGAUAGCGAUUCUCUAUCGUAAACUUGCUCAAGUUUCCUCAGCAGCUGCCUCUUGUACAUCCAAACUCCAUGUUUGUUUCCAGAAAAUCUGCUACUGAAACGAAUUCAAUUAGCUGUAAUUGCUCCCAACUUGUAUAUAGUUUGACUGCAAAAUCAAAUUUGAUUCAGAAAUUCCCUAAUGUUUACAUUUACCUCCUUUCUGAAACAACAGGAAAUUAUCUCUACACACAGUGUUUGGUAAGACAGUUAGGUGACAAUGGAAACCAAACUGUUCUACCAGUUUGGUUUAGUUUCCAUUUGUUUUUAGUCAGUUUUUAAUUGGUAAUAAAAUAAAAGCACUAACUCUAAAAUGAGAAUUGAGGCAUUUAUUGAAACUGCAUUUAGCUACAGAAUGACUGACUUGUAGAAUAGAAUCUGAAAUUACAUUGUAAAUAAAGAUGUGUGGCAUCUUACUUUGCUAUUGCUUCACCCCUUAGGAUGUAAAAUGCACUGAGGAUAAAGGAAGCAAGCUUGCUAUAGAGAAAUUGUAAAGAAAACUAAACAAACUCAAAACAAGUUUGCAGAUCCAAGCCAACUUUAUUAAGAAAAAGGAAACAAAUUUCGCUAUGAGCACUUUUAAAAUUUUAUUGAUGACCUCAUGAUUUGGCAAGGGAAUAAUUUGUCUACAUUCUAACAUUACUUGCACAUAUAUAUCACAUACAUACCAGCAGACUGUUCUACAUAGUUUUCCAUCUACAAUUUUCAAGGAAAUGGCUUCAAUAACGAAUUCUGGUGUACUGAACUUUAUAAAAGGUUGGGUUAUAUUCUAUAAGCAAAGAGACUGCAUUAAUUAGACAAACUGUGAACAUUAAUUAUUGAAUCCUAUUAAAUAUUGAAAAAGAAGCCAUUUUUCACUACUUCUGCCGCUGCAGUUAGCUUUGAUUCGGGUUGGCAGAAAGAUCAUAGGACAGAUGUUUGAGAUCUAUGAAGUACAACCACUGUGAACUGAGCAAGAUUAUUCUCAGUGAUGUUUAUCCUCCUCACUCUGAACUUGGGAUCUUUGUAACCUAACUUUGCUAUUAGUUUGUUGCAACUGGAAUCUGUGUUAUAAAAGUGAAUGCACUGAAUUAUACUUGCCGAUUCAUUAAAAUGUAAUCAGCUGAUAAUUUACAAUAAUUUAAUGUACAGAGAUUAGCUAGAGUAAGGAGCUCCUUGUUUCAAACACAAAUGAAAUCUUGAGUGUGGUUGGGCAUUGAUAUUUGGGUUGGGUUGUGGAAUUUAUAAAAUGAACUGCAAAUAGUAAUGAUUUUAUUUGGAGGAAAUGGUGGAGAGUUAAAUAACUCAAAAGAGCAAUGGAUAUUAUAGCGAAAAAGAAUGUGCAACAAUCACUUAACCUCCCAAAAGAACCUUAUCGAAAUAACUUGCAACCUAGCCAGCUCUGCUGCAGCUUGGUUUUACUUUUGUGUCUCUCUAACAGACCAGUGUGACGCUGACUGACUGAAGAUGUGUGAUGUGAUGGAGAGUUUGAAUUAUACAUUUGCCAUUGCUUGAAAGAAGACUAAGAUCUGUCUUUCUUUUGUGUACUUAUUCCAAAAAUAGGAAUGACCUCCAAACCAGCCCUUCUAAAGCUAUAUUCUCUCACACUAAAACUUUUGUAAUACAAUUAAAACGAGCAUAUUUUUUGUUCCAGUAUCAUUUACAAUGUUUGCAUACUUUUCUAACAGUAUUUUUGCAAUAAUCUCAUUGUGCAUUUCAAAACAGAUUUGUUAAAUUGGUAUAUGUUGUUUGCAUAGUUAUCAGGUUCCUGCAUGCUUUGCAAUAUUUCUUCAAAUUGGAGUUCAUUUUGCAUCCAGGCAUGAUUAAAAUUGUGUGUUUUGCUCUCCUGCUGGUUAGAAUUAUAAAAACUGCAUUUUGGAUCUUCAACUAAAAUGAAACAUUAUGAUGAUUUUACUCCCGGUUCUUGUUGAUGGAGGUUGUGGUAGAGCAGUGAAUGUUUGGGAAAGGGAGAAAAGUCCUGGUUGAUAUGAAUACUUAAUUUUUUUAAUUCCACAAAACCUAAAUUAACAAACCUUUCCUAGUCUGUUGCAUCACUGGAAUUCCAAAAAACAUUUGAGGUUUUGUGAAGUGAUGCGCUAUGAUCUUAGCAGCAGAAAUAUCUUUCACUACUGUUAAAUUUUAAAAGAUCUUGUUUCUCCUUAGAUGAAAACAAUUGCAUAACAUUCUUCUCAUAAAAAACACCUUCAUUGAAGUAGGACAUUGUGCUGGAAACAAGACUGAAUUUUUUGGAAGUUAAUGGAGUAUUUUUUUUUUAAGCAGUUGGAUCGUUGGGGAGGCUAUAAUGAGAGGUUUUUUUUUUCAAAGUCUUGAAAGCCUUUUUUUAAGAAUGGCUAGGCCAGUAGUUUAUACUUCUAAUCCUUUAACCAACAUAAACUAAAAUACAAAUUCAAGCAGACUGGCUCCAUGAUGAUUUAGUAUUAAAUUCUCUGCCCAGAAUGUUAUUGGUAGCUGCUUAAAAAUUUGAAUUAGGAAGAGAGAAUGUAACUGACAAUGAGGAUUUGCCUGAACAGUUUCUCUCAUGGUUCAUUAUAGUAGAUGAAGUUGUUCCAACAAGUAAAACAUUGAGCUAUAUUUUGAGCUUUAAUAAAAUCUGUUGAAGGGAAUAAAUGGCUUUUAACUAUGCAAUGCACUUUAGUCUUCAAUUUCAACGGUAAGCAAUUUCACCAGAACUGGGAGAGAAUUAACUUUGUAAUGCUGAACAUACCUUUUGCUGGCAAACUAUUUACCGAUGUAUCUGAUAUCUUGAAUAUAUUUGAACUAGUGAAAUCGAAGAAGGCCUGGAGUGUAUUUCAUUUGCAUUUUGAAAUAUCCUACAGUUUUUUUGCUUCUAACAAGCAGGGUGAAGAGAAAACAUUGGAGGAAGAUUGCUUCUGUGCUCUUCACUUAACAAUAUGUUUGUGGCAGCUGUAAAUCCUUUGAUAGUUUAGAUUUUCCUAUAAUCCUUAGAUAUCAAAUAAUUUACCUAAAGGAUAAGGUAAAUAAAUUCCACUCAAACCAAUAAAUUGGUCCUAAUGUAAUUUUGUGCUAUUGCUGUCAAAAUGUAGAGCAUUUCUAUUUGCCAACUAUGCAAAUCUUUUUGCUGGAGGCCUUCUCACCAAGGUUCCCCCAUCCUUAAAUAUUUCUAAAUGUCUAUAAAGCAUCUUUUUGUCUAGGGAAUUUUUCAACAGUUUUCUACUGAUAUUUAAUGUCAAAUACUUGAAAAGAUGUGCGAUUUGGCUGGGAGAGUAUUUUGAAUUUGUAUUAAUUGGAGCUGUUAAAUUAAAAUAUUGUUACUGGAAAUUACACUGCUGUAGGCCUAUGCCAGUAAUGGUAAAUUUAAAAGCAAAAUAUAAUAAAGCUGCUGCACCUAAUGAGACGUUGGCAUUUUUAAACUUGUAAUUUUGACAUUUGUUUUACAGAAGUGUUUUGCUUCCUUUACUCCACUUGUAGCCUUUUCAAAGUUUCAACAGCAGACUUUCUAUGGAACAAGAAAGUAAAAUUGCAAUGCACUCCUGUCUUUAUUCACAUAAGUGCCAGCCUGACCAUGAGUCUGUGAAGAUUUGUGUUAAUCUUACUGGUCUUUAAUAAUUUUAUUUUACUUGAAUGUGCACUUUUUUUGUCAGUUUGUGCAAACAUGCUGCUCUGUUUUUCAUUCUUAUCUGCCACAAUUGCAUUAUUUAAGUCAUGUUAACAGUGGCAAUAAUUAGUAUUACAUGCACUAAUCCAUUAAAAAAGUGGGGGGAACAGGGAUCAGAAUAUAGAUAAUAAUUGACCACUAACUUGAAAAUCCAACAAUGGAUGCCCUUGGCCCCAGUUUUUCAUUUGUUAUUUUACAAACAAAUGUAGGAGGAUUAAAAUUUUACAAGAUUUUUUUCUUAUAGCUAAAAAAAAUUACGUAACCAAAAAUGCAUUCUAUUUAUUUUCAUAUAUAUGUUAUAUGAUAGAUUUUUUACUUGUUCUAUAAUUUUUGCAAAUUUAAUUGUCCAAAUUAUUGUUCCUUAAAGCUUACAUAAAUUAUUUAUUUUCCCUUUUAAUUUUGGGAGGGUAUGUUACUGAGGUAGUUGACUUGCUCGCCAAGCUGGCUUGUUUUCGUAACAUAAUCAGUGAGGCCUCCAAUGAAGCUAGCAUGGUGACGAAACGUCAGAACGAAAACAAGCCAGCUUGGCGAGCAAGUCAACAACCUCAACCACAACCCGAGCUAUAAAUCCUUGUUGAAACCUUUAAAGGGUAUGUUACUACCCAGAAUUGUUUAUGACAACUGACUGAGUUGACAAAUAACUGUAUGAAUGUGUAAAAUGAUGGAAACAGACCGCACAAACAGAACAUGACACACAACACUAACAAAAGCAAUUACAAAUUCUGUUCCUUUGUUUAAAACACUGUAAAUGUACAAGUAUGAAAUAAAUUUUGUUGCAAAUCUG